UUUUAAAAGAGUGCCGAUUUUAAGAGGAGAUUCAGUCAAGCGUUAAGCUGCCAGACUUUAUUGAAAAUUCUUCUGUUUUUAAAAGUAGAAACCACCUACAAAGUAAAAGAUGUCUGAAUGAUGUUUGAUUUUUAGACUUGGCAAAUUAUUAGUGUCAAUUCUGCAUCUGUCUUAAAUCGUCUGUUAUUCUGUUUGCUGUUUCCCCAGAACUAAUCCACAACAAAGUGCAGUACAUGCAGGUAGAGGAACAGUGUUUCUGACAUACAAGUUGUCUAAAGUCACCUGUUGAAGGUUGAACUGAUACUGCGUCAGACUGCUACAGGGCAGAUAUGAGCGACGUGGCAGAUGAAAUGAUGGACAGCUCUGCGGUGUCCGAGGAAGAAGUGGAGGACCAGCGGGGGACGUCAAAGGAGGAUCAGACGAGCCCAAACAAGAGCCGAUCCAAAAUAUCCGCUGUGGGUGAAAUUAUCGAGGGAAAGCGGGCAAAGAAGACCGUGGAGAGACUCGACUUACAGGCACCAAAGCAAAGGGAGAAGCUCAAGAUUGGAGAUGGCAGUGGAGAUAAAUUGGGAGACAUUCCUCGCACCAGCUACCAGAUCACCAAGAUGAAGCCGGCUGACCUGAAACCUCUGCACGCCAUCAUGUUCGACAGACCGGGAAAGAUUUCCACGAUAAAGAAGAACCUGCGCCUGUUCAACGGAUUUCCUUUUGAUGUCGACAGUGAACAGUACAUCAAAAAACGAGAUAAACUGAUCAAGAGUUCAAAUUUUACCAACACCAAGCUGAAGGUUAUGUGCAGCGUUCUGGAUCUGGAGAAGAAAGGGACCCACUCAGAUCUGGUGGACAGAAUCCUGACUUUCCUCACCGUACCAAAAAACAGCGGGAAGUGCCUGCCCGUGAAGAAGAAGAAGAAGAAAUCAAAGAAGAAGCUGACGGGUGACGACUCGAAGGCCAAGACCAAGAAGAAGAGCAAACCCAAAGCUCAGAGCUCAUCGUCCAGCCCCAAGAAGUCCAAAACGGGCAGCAAGUCCAAAGCCAUCGUCAUGGACUCCAGCAGCGACGAGGAUGAUGAUGAGGAAGAUGAGAGAGCUGGAGCUUCUGCUGAGGCCGAGGGAUCGGACACCGAGGAGAAACCGUCGGAGAAGGAGGAGGAGCAGUCAGACAAGUCAGAGGAAUCUGGAGAUGGAGAGGAGGAAGAAGAUGAAGAUGAGGAUGAUGAUGAAGAUGAAGAUGAUGAGUCUCCCAAAUCAAAGUCCAGCAGAGGGAAAGCUGCAUCCAAGAAACCGGUGAAAAGACAGAGAACACCAGCGAAGAAGACGGGUCCUCCUAAAAAGAGAGCAAAGACGGAAGCUACAGACGAGUCGGAGUCUGAUGCUGAUAGUGACGCUGAUGAGAAGCCCAAAAAGAAAAAAACAGCUGCAGCCAAACCUGCCGCCAAAACAAAGAAGGCCGACAGCAGCAGCAACAGCAAGAACAACACAAACACAGCGGAGGACAGUUCGGACGACGACGAGCCGCUAAUCAAGAUGAUUAAAAAAGCUCCGAGUGACGAGCAGCUGAAGGAGACGGUGCAGAGUCUCCUGAAGGAGGCCAACCUGGAGGAGAUGACCAUGAAGCAGAUCUGCCAGAGGGUGUUUGACACGUACCCUGACCACGACCUGACCAGCAAGAAGGACUACAUCAAACAGACAGUCAAAUCUCUCAUCACAUGAAGACCUGAAGAGCGAAGUUGCUGCAGAACUUCCCUGCUUUCAUAUCAUGUUUGUUUUCAGCUGUUGAUGUUUUUUUUUUAUUUGUGUGACUCGUGUCGAGCUUUUCACUUUAGCUCUGCAGUAUUCAUCAUGAACUUUGUUUAACACGUGUUGAGUCCAACGCAAGGAUUUGAUAAAGUAGCAAAUUACCUUUUAAAACAAGUAGACAAAGUAUUUCUUUUAUACCUUUAACUGAUUCAUGAAAAACUAAGAAAAAAACUUGUGGGAAGAAAAAAGAACCAGGAUUAAAAUGUCGGCUUUGUCUGAAUUGUUGCUGCAGCUUCAGUUUGACCAACAUUCAGCCUCAUGAAGCAAAAUAAACUGCAAACAAAAGUUUUUCAGAUCAGACUGAACAGCAGUGGUUUGGAUGUUGGAAAAAUUAACCUGUGUUAUUUUGAUUAAAAUUACAGCUGAUCUUUGCUUUUGACUCUGUUCCUCACAUUUUUGUUUCUGGAUUAAAAUCUGUACAUAUGUUUCUAACUAGGUGAAGAUAUUUUUGAUUAACACUGUCAGUUCUGGAAACACUUUUCUUCUGGAUGUUUUGUUUCUCAUUAAUUUAGUUCAAGUUUUCACAUGAAGUGUGCUGAGUGAUUUACUCACUGAUUAAAAUUGUACCUUUUUGAACUA